GGGUGUGUGGGUAUCCUCCGGUUAAAGGGGGUGGGGGCACCUCUUAAUCUGUGUGUUGUGAAUGAAAGCAGCAGCACACGGUCAGCUUUCCUGCUGUCUCUUUGUCCCGUCGUGUGGAUUUAACAGUUGGAAAUGGAUCGUCCAAAGUUCCCUAAGCCUGGAUGAACUACCCAUUCAGAGGAAAACUGUUGGAAUGUGUGCAGGAUAAAGAUGUUUCUGUGUUUCUUUGUUUGGACUCUUUUGAGAGGAACCUUCUGUCUGCUGUUUCUUCUUCCACCUAAGACGGACGGCAACUUCAACAAGACGCCCUCCUCUCACCUCUACAGAAACCAGGAGGUUUCCUCGCAGAGAAACUGGGUGCUUGACGGCACGAGUGUCACCCAGAGUUUCAAACCAGCCACCAGGUCGUCCGUGACGGACUCAAAGCAGGGGUUUGGGUCAUGGAGCUCACACUCCAACCCCUCCAGGAAGGUGAAGCAUCAGCCCAGCUUGAAAUUUCAUGGAAUGUCAAAACUCUCCAGGACGUUAAACUGGGGGGACUUUUAUUCCAACAUCAAGACGGUCAAACUGAACUUGCUGAUUAUAGGAAAGAUUGUGGAUCAUGGCAACGGCUCUCUUGGCGUCUAUUUCCGUCACAACUCCACAGGUGUGGGCAACGUGUCCGUCAGCCUCGUCCCACCCUUAAAAGAGCUGGAGUUCGACCUGGAGCGCCAAAGCGUGGUCAACCCCAAGGACUCAAAGACAUUCAACUGCAGAGUUGAUUUUGAGAAGACUGAGAGCAGCAGGAAGGUGAUGCUGUGCAACUACGACCCGUCAAAGACCUGCGACCAGGAGCAAACACAGAGCCAUGUCACCUGGAUGUGCUCCAAACCCUUCCAGGUGAUCUGUGUCUAUGUGUCUUUCUACGGCACAGACUACCGGCUGGUUCAGAAAGUCUGUCCGGACUACAGAUCCCAGAGUCCUGCCUUCCUGCCUACUGACUGAAUGCAGGUCAAAAGGAUGAACUCCAAGGAAGCUGAAUCUACUUUCAGUCUUUAAGGCUGAGCCUAAGGAGAGACUGUGGAAUUUUUCCCCCCUAAAUAUUCUGAAAGAAAUGUUUUUUUUUUAGUUGAACAUAAUGCUUGCUGUUCACUUAAGCUUGAAACAUGUUUGUGAAAAUAAUGUAAGAACAUGAAAUAAAUGGAUAUU